UAAAAAGUUACAAUAAAAUUAAGAACUAGAUCAAAUAAUAUGCUAAAAGGAUAUUUUAAUUAAUUAAACUUAAAAAGAAUUAGAUGAGAGAAUAUAAAUUUUUUAACUAUUAAUAAAACCAAAUCUACUUAAAGUUGAUAACUGGAUCAAAAUAUUUAAUACUGUAUAAGAGAAGACUAAAACACUCAUCAAAUAGUCUGUUUUAAUUUAUUAAGAAUAAAGUGAAUGGUAAAGGGAACUUACUGAUGGUAUUUAAAUCCAAAAGCAAUUAUAUCUUCGGAGCUUACUCUCCUUGCGUAUGGAAAUUAUGUGAUGCUGGAUAAUAUGGAGAAGAUAAUACAAUUUCAUCUUUUAUGUUUUCAUAAAUUUAUAAUUUAAUUUAUCCUUUGAUGUAGGAAUAUAAAUCAUAUGCUAUUCAUUGUAAUACAAAUUUGGGGACCUUUAUUUGGAUGUGACUUCGAUCUUUUAAUAAAUGGGGAUUUUACGAAUGGUUAUUCUAGAUUCGGAAGAGCAUAUGAAUUUGAUCAAUAUAAGAAUGGAAAUGAUGAUCCAUAUUUAUGUGGAUAAAACAGCCCAUAAAUAAAUGAAUGCGAGAUUUAUGAAUUAUAAUUUGUUUGACUUGACAUAUUUAUGUAAAUAAAUUUCUAUAA